UUAUUGCGACCAGACAAGCCUGUCAAACUUCCUGAGGAACAGGCAAAGGAAAAGCGUCAGUAGUUACAAUCUAACACCCAGGGGUAGUCCUCUGACCUGAUUUGAAGUGUACAUAAUAUAUGAAUUCUACCGGAGAUUCAGUUUGGAACGAACUAGUUUUUACAAAGUUUCUAGUUUUAAUCAGAUAAAUAAACCAGCUAAAUCUAAGUAAGGUCGACUGAAGAAGAGGAUGUGGUUUAUAUGCUAUUCAUUGCAACGAGCUAGCUAGCCGACUAGCAAUAGUUGAAAGAUACAACCGCUGAUUACGAGUCCAGCGAAGCAGUACAGUCUGAAACGACACGGAAUGUAGUGUGGAAGUGAGCUGACAGCAGUCAGAGACAAGCGAGACGGCGAGGAGGUCGGGCAGGGUUUGGCGUUGUGGUCGCAGCCGCCCACCUUCAUCAUGAGGGUGCGCUUGUCGCGCAAGCUGGGCCUGCUGGCCAAGGCGGGCAUGGUACUGUGGCUGAUGUGGCUCUCCUACCUGAUCGUCACCCACAGCGUCGUUUCCACCCCCUCCUCCUCGUCCUCCUCGGACUCCGUCGGGGACCAGGACGAGCCGGGCGCCGGCCUGGCGGUGGGGGCCCGGGAGCAGCAGCAGCAGCAGGAGGACGCGGAGGCGCUGCGGCGGCCCGUGUACCAGAAGCCGGUUGCCGACAGCAACGCGCCAGGCGAGUGGGGCAGGGCCACGCGGCUCACGCUGAAGGAUGACGAGAAGAAGCAGCAGGAGGAGAGCAUCGAGCGCUACGCCAUCAACAUCUUCGUGUCGGACCACAUCUCGCUGCACCGCCACAUCCAGGACAACCGGAUGCACGAGUGCCGGGCGAAGAAGUUCGACCUGCGGCGUCUGCCCACCACGUCAGUGAUCAUCGCCUUCUACAACGAGGCCUGGUCCACGCUGCUGAGGACCAUCCACAGUGUGCUGGAGACCACGCCCGCUGUCCUGCUGCGCGAGGUCAUCCUCAUCGACGACUUCAGCGACCGCAGCUAUCUGAAGGUGCAGCUGGCCGACUACAUCAGCAACCUGGACCGCGUGCGCCUCAUCCGCACCAACAAGCGCGAGGGCCUGGUGCGGGCGCGGCUCAUCGGCGCCACCUACGCCACCGGCGACGUGCUCACCUUCCUGGACUGCCACUGCGAGUGUGUGCCCGGCUGGAUCGAACCACUGCUGGAGAGGAUCGGUGAGAACGAGAGCACCAUCGUGUGCCCGGUCAUCGACACCAUCGACUGGAACACCUUUGAGUUCUACAUGCAGACGGACGAGCCCAUGAUCGGGGGAUUCGACUGGCGCCUGACCUUCCAGUGGCACGCGGUGCCCCUGACCGAGCGGAAGCGGCGCAAGUCUCGCAUCGACCCCAUCAAGUCUCCUACAAUGGCUGGAGGUCUGUUUGCAGUCAGUAAGGCUUACUUUGAGUACCUGGGCACCUACGACAUGGGUAUGGAGGUGUGGGGAGGAGAGAACCUGGAACUUUCUUUCAGAGUGUGGCAGUGUGGAGGCUCGCUUGAGAUCGACCCCUGCUCCCACGUGGGCCACGUCUUCCCCAAGAAGGCCCCCUACGCCCGGCCCAACUUCCUGCAGAACACCGUCCGAGCUGCGGAGGUCUGGAUGGACUCCUACAAGCACCACUUCUACAAACGAAACCCACCUGCCCGCAAGGAGACGUACGGGGACCUUUCGGACCGGGUUCUUCUGAGGCAGCGACUGAAGUGCCAGAGCUUCAACUGGUAUCUGAAGAAUAUUUACCCGGAGCUCCAUGUGCCCGAGGACAGGGAGGGCUGGCACGGAGCGGUCCGUAGUGCAGGGAUCCACUCGGAGUGCCUGGACUACAACGCCCCUGAGCACAGCCCUACAGGUGCACACCUUGCCAUGUUUGGUUGCCACGGCCAGGGCGGCAACCAGUACUUUGAGUACACGUCCAACAAGGAGAUCCGCUUCAACUCGGUGACGGAGCUGUGUGCGGAGGUGCCGUCGGGGCAGAACUACAUUGGGAUGAAGCACUGCCCACAGGACGGUGCUCCUAUGCCCCCCGCCAUCGUCUGGGAGUUCAGAGAUGAUGGAAGCAUCUACCAUCCUCACUCCGGCACAUGUGUCACCUCUUACCGCACAGCAGAGGGACGCGCAGACAUCCAGAUGACGAAAUGUACCCCAGGAGACAAGCACCAGCGAUGGAAGUUUGAAUAAGGGAAAGUGUGUCUGUUUGUCUGUGUGUGUGUGUGUGUGUGUGUGUGUGUGUGUGUGUGUGUGUGUGUGUGUGUGUGUGUGUGUGUGUGUGUGUGUGUGUGUGUGUGUGUGUGUGUGUGUUGUGGGGGGUGUAGCUCCACGAGACCUAAGUGCAAUUACAAUAAUGGGCUUUGAGAUGCAGGGCUCGGGAGCAAGCAGGAAGUGCUCCUGCUGUGCCCUCUGGAAUGCUGCAGAACAGACUGGUCUUGACCAUAUGCCUUUGUGAAUCGAAGGGGAAUCCAGCAGUGAAGUGCCAAUAUCUUUAUUUGUACUGUUUUUGAUCAGUCUUCUGAUAUUGUUUUCUUUCGAAAGGGACUUCUAAGGAAUGUGUAGAGAGCCAUUUUGGCUACUCCAGGCCAGGCUUGAAGUACUGCAAGAGCAAUACAGGGCUGUGUGAUUAAGCCUCUUGUGCUAUCGGUGGGUUAGGUUCGUGCCAACACCACUCACAUCGGCGCCUUUAUGAACACAAUUGUGUCACAGCGGCUUUCCGCCUUACACUUCAUGACUUUACAUCACACAGAGUCGGUGUAGGCAUUGGAAGAGAAAUGGGAGAUUAUUAUUAUUUGUUUUAGUCAUUUUCUUAUCCUUUUAUCUUGUUUUGAUAUUGUUUACACAUUAUGCCUAUCCACCAUAGGUCUUAUGUAUCUUUUUGUUGUGUUUGUGUGUGUCAGCGGUUGCAUUGAAGAGAUUGUUUAUCGAAGAUAAACCCAAGCGCCAGGGAGGCGUUAAUGCCUUUCGACUCCCUCAGCCAGUGUGGUUUUACCCUCAGUCCACUUCUGGAGGGAAUCCCGACCAAUGAGAAGCCAAUUAAAAUAAUCUCCCAUCUGUGAUGCCUUUUUCUAUUUAGGGGAUUUGGGAGGGGAGGAGGAGGGUGGUGUGGAGGAGAGCCUGUGUCUUUUUGGGAUUAGAUUAAACCUGAAUGCUUAGACUGCUCAUUGGAGCUCACAGAGAGAGAGAGAGAGAGAGAGAGAGAGAGAGAGAGAGAGAGAGAGAGGAUGUGGUUUGCCUACUCCAGAUGGGACCAUGGGAAUUCACUGUGCCUCUGUGUUUUCUGCUGUGCAGUCCUGAGGAGACUGAUCAUGUACUGGCCUAAAUAUAGACAACUGGGUGUCUUCUUUUGACCUCAUGGAUACUGUACAUUAUUCUGAUGGCCACCUUGUUGGCCAUUCCAAUUUUCACGACACUGAUGCCAUGCUUGUCCAAGUAAGAGUGUUAGAGGAGGCUUUCCUUUAUGUCAGCGAUGCGUUAAUUCUUCUGCCUUCUAAGUGUUUGACUGUCCUAUCUAUUUUUCACUUUGAUCUGCCAAUAUGGAUUAAGUGUGGUUUACAAAUGUGUUGUAUGGCAUUACUGGCCUGUUUUGCCAGGUGCGUACACACACUGUACAUAGCCCCUACAUGUAUUUCCUAGCACUUGGGGGCACCUUGACUGUUGACCAAAGUGUAACUUCAGCUCCUGAAUUGUCUUUAAUACUGGCCGAGUCCAAACUUUUUAUGUGUUAAUUCUCCCAACAGCGUGCAGUUUUAAUAACAUUUGGAAGCUUUUUUAACGUGAUACCAUGUGCAGUGUUACUGUCACUCGGUAGCCAGCUGUAACACUGAAGAUGUUUCUGAACGGCCUCAUUUAUCAUCUUCUGUGCUAAUUUGCACUAUGGCGUGAAUCAGAAGUGACACGUCCUUUUCUGGAAAGUGACCUUUGACCUUUGUUGUAACCUCCCCCCAGCCAGUGCAUUACCUAUGCCUUUGAAAAUUAUUCUCAAAUUGUAAAGGGACCUAAGUGGGACUGUGCAAAAAUCUAUAUUUUUUAAAUAACAUGUACUUAUGUGAUUCAGGCCAAAUGAUUAUUAAAGUUGAUUCUGAUAAA